CCUGCGGGACAUAUGAACCAAACCCUCCGGUUCUCCUCUUCCUCCUUAUCCCCCCUCCCACUCGCCUCCCUCCGCCGUAUAAACGGCGGUUGGCUCUUGUAUCCAUGACUCCUCGCUAACCUCUCCACCGCUCCUCCGCCGCCGCAGCUAGUCUCCUCACCAUGCGGGCCUCCUCCUCCCUCGUUUCGCCUCCCAGGAUUGGGCUUCACUGUCGAAAUUCUCCUCUUCUUCGGCCUGUUCUGUUCGUGCGACCUUUCUGCACCGAACUCGCCGAAGGUUGUCUUGGCUCCGGCUCGAAACGGAGAGCUCGCGGACCCGUGAUGGCAGCGAAGAAGGCUUCCGAGGGUGCGAAGCAAGAGGGGAAGUAUAAGCACACAGUGGAUUUGCCCAAGACAACUUUUGGCCUGAGGGCAAAUGCAGUGGUAAGAGAACCUGAGAUCCAGAAGCUGUGGGAGGACAAUCAGGUAUUUAAGCGAGUGGCGGACAGGAAUACUGGGGGGAGUUUCGUUCUUCAUGAUGGCCCACCUUAUGCAAACGGAAGUCUACACAUGGGCCAUGCUUUAAAUAAGAUUCUGAAGGAUAUUAUCAACCGUUACAAGCUUCUUCUGAACUAUAAAGUUAAUUUUGUUCCUGGUUGGGAUUGCCACGGUCUUCCUAUAGAAUUAAAAGUUCUGCAGUCACUGGAUGAAGAUACCAGACGAGAAUUGAAGCCCUUAAAGUUGAGACAAAAGGCUGCAAAGUUUGCAAAAGAUACUGUGAACAUUCAGAUGAAAUCUUUUAAGCGCUUCGGGGUAUGGGCAGAUUGGGAUAGACCAUAUCUAACCCUUUCACCAGAGUAUGAAGCUGCACAGAUAGAAGUUUUUGGUCAAAUGGCACUGAGAGGAUAUAUUUAUAGAGGUCGAAAGCCUGUCCACUGGAGUCCAUCUUCAUGUACGGCUUUGGCAGAGGCUGAAUUGGAGUAUCCUGAAGGACACAUUUCUAGGAGCAUAUAUGCAACAUUCAAGAUUAUUAGUGCACCUCCACCUUCAUGUCACUUGCUUGAGGAAUUCUUUCCAGAGUUGUGCUUGGCCAUAUGGACAACUACUCCAUGGACUAUUCCAGCAAAUGCUGCUGUUGCUGUUAAUGCUAAGCUUGAAUACGCAGUAGCUGAAGUGCAUCAUGCUUUGGAAGAUGCAACAAUAUCUGAGAAGAAGCAAACGAAGGCUGGCAGGUUAUUGAAAAUUAGUGAAAGAAAGCCUUUCGUUAUAGUGGCUUCAGAGCUCGUGCCCAUGCUUGAGUCUAAGUGGGGGGUGAAGCUUGUGGUCAAGAAAGCUUUCCUGGGAUCAACUCUGGAGAAUUGCAGGUAUGUUCAUCCUUUAAAUGGCAAGGAAUGUCCUGUGGUACUUGGCGGAGACUAUAUUACAACAGAGUCGGGAACAGGAUUAGUUCAUACUGCUCCUGGUCAUGGUCAGGAAGAUUACAUAACUGGCUUGAAAUAUGGACUACCUAUAUUUUCUCCUGUGGAUGAUGAAGGAAGGUUUACUGAGGAAGCUGGUGAAUUUAAUGGUCUGGAAGUCCUUGGGGCUGGUAAUGCUGCUGUUGUGAAGCGCCUGGAUGAACAACUAUCGCUUGUUCUAGAGGAGCCAUACAAGCACAAGUACCCAUAUGAUUGGAGAACAAAGAAACCAACAAUAUUUAGAGCCACCGAACAGUGGUUUGCUUCUGUUGAUGGGUUCCGCCAGUUGGCUAUGGAUGCAAUUAACAAAGUAACUUGGAUUCCUGCACAGGCAGAGAACAGAAUCAUUGCUAUGACUUCUAGCCGUUCUGACUGGUGUAUUUCACGACAAAGAACUUGGGGGGUUCCAAUUCCUGUUUUUUAUCAUGUUCAUUCAAAAGAACCACUGAUUUCUGAAGAAACGAUUGCACAUGUUAAAGCUGUUGUGUCAAAGAAGGGUAGUGAUGCCUGGUGGUACAUGUCAACAGAGGAACUUCUUCCUCAUAAAUAUCAAAACAAUGCUUCAGAAUACUAUAAGGGAACUGAUACCAUGGAUGUUUGGUUUGACUCUGGCUCAUCUUGGGCAGCAGUGUUAGGAAAAAGAGAUGGCCUUCAUUUUCCUGCGGAUUUGUAUCUCGAAGGUAGUGACCAGCAUCGUGGAUGGUUCCAAAGCUCCUUGUUAACCAGUAUUGCAACAACAGGAAAUGCUCCUUAUUCAUGUGUCAUAACCCAUGGCUUUGUACUUGAUGAAAAGGGUAUGAAAAUGAGCAAAUCUCUUGGUAAUGUUGUUGAUCCAGAUAUUGUAAUUAAUGGAGGAAAAAAUUCUAAGGAUCAACCUGGUUAUGGAGCUGAUGUACUUCGUCUUUGGGUUUCUAGUGUCGACUAUACUAGCGAUGUGUUGAUUGGUCCCCAAAUCCUCCGUCAAAUGUCUGACAUGUAUAGAAAACUACGGGGAACAUUGCGGUUUCUGUUGUCAAAUCUUCAUGAUUGGAAAACAGAGAAUUCUGUUCCAUAUGAUGAUCUUCCAAAAAUUGACAAAUUUGCAUUAUACCAACUUGAAAAUGUUGUGAAGACAAUACAGGAUGGUUAUGAGCUUUACCAUUUCUACAAAAUAUACCAGAUUAUUCAACGUUUUGCCAUUGUUGAUCUAUCAAAUUUCUAUCUUGAUGUUGCUAAAGACCGACUUUAUGUGGGGGGUACAGCCAGUUUUACUAGGAGGAGUUGCCAAACGGUUCUUGAAGCACAUCUUCUUACCAUUGUUAGAUUAAUUGCUCCAAUUUUGCCACAUUUAGCUGAGGAUGUAUGGCAAAACCUCCCUUUUGAAUACAUUACAGGAGACGGAUCUAUUGUGAAAUUUGUUUUCGAGUUGAAAUGGCCGGUUCCAAAUGAAAAUUGGCUCAGGAUGCCUGCUGAUGAUGUUGAUUUUUGGAGGACAAUCCUCGAGUGUACCGUUAACCAGUUGAGGUCAGAGGUGAACAAAGUCCUAGAGAAUGCUAGAGCUGGAAAGUUGAUUGGGUCCAGCUUGGAAGCAAAGGUUUAUCUUCGUGCCUCAGAUGGUGUUGUGACCUCCAGAUUGCAGGAAUUGUGCAUGGCUGGGAAUGAAGCUGAUGCUCUGCAUAGGAUUUUUAUAACAUCUCAGGUUGAAGUUCUAAGUUCACCAAAUACCGAAUUGGUUACGAGCAUACCAUAUGCUGGCAACUACACCGAUCAAAGAAGUGGUGAAAUUUGGAUUGGAGUUUCUCGGGCCGAAGGCAUGAAAUGCGAGAGAUGUUGGAACUAUGAACCUCAAGUUGGUUCAUUUGCAGAUCAUCCGACUCUUUGUGCGCGUUGUUAUGACAUCAUCAAUGUUCAACCACUUCCAGCUGCUGCAGGUGUCAGUUGAGAAUUUGAUACUUCUUGAUGAGGUUUCUAAUUCUGUUUCUAGAGUUUGGAGCUGACUCCACUAUCACAUUUUUCCUCGUUCUGAUAAGCCAAAACGGUGAUCGUUCAUUCUUUAUUGAGAAUGUGAACUCGAGUAAGAAUAGGAGAGAAGAAAAACACAUUUUGUGAUUGCUACAAUAUACAUUAAGUUAUGAUUUAUACAAAAAUUGUUGGGACUUAUGAAUA